AGUUAGACUUCUACCUCAUAUCAUAUGCACAGAUUAAUGGAAAGUAGAUUAAAGACCUAAAUGUAAGAGCUAAAACUACAAGACUUGGGGGGAGGGGGAUCAACUAAAAAGCAUUUAGUGAUCCAGUCAGAAGACUUGAUUACAUAGUUAUUGUGAAACCCAAGCCUUAGGAUUUGUUUUUUAAUUUUAUUUCUGUUUCUAGGUUGGGGAUGAACAUCUUCGGAAGCAGCACCGGAUGCUGGCAGAUCUUCAUUACAGCAAAGCUGUAAAGCUUUUUCAGCUUCUGAAAGAUGCUCCAUGUGAACUACUUAGAGUACAGUUAGAAAGAGUAGCAUUUGCAGAAUUUCAGAUGACCAGCCAGAAUAGCAAUGUUGGAAAAUUGAAAACACUAUCAGGGGCUCUUGAUAUAAUGACGAGAACUGAACAUGCAUUCCAGCUCAUCCGGAAGGAACUUGUAGAGGAAUUUGACCAG